AUGGUCAGCUUAGUGACUCUUAUCAUCGGGGUUGCGUAUGACAUGGGACUCGCGACGUCCGUCUUUCCUGCGAGCUGUUGUGCCCGACUUGGCAUUUGCAAUAUCAAUCAUCCAGGGAUCUACAAGGCCACGAAAGACAUACGUUCCGGGUAUCCUGGUUGCUUGAUCUUUGCUACAGCGGUGGACAUGACAGACGGAGUAUCAUUGAAGCGAUCUUUCGUAGACGCAAAGAGACAUAUAGGAAGCAUCCAUGGGGGCCUAUUCAAUGUGCUCAAGGAGGCGUUAGAACCAAAUUUCAUGUUCAGUAAAAGAGGAUAUGCAAAUGGCGCUGUCUUCGCAGCUAUUAAACAUGCAGUAGUUGGGAUUGUAAAAAGUACUGCCCUCGAAGUUGGCAAGCAUAGUAUCCGUGUAAACUCAGUCCUUCUGGAUGUGCAUUCAAUUGCAAAACCCCCAACCUUUUUUUGCAGUGCUGUUGACAUGCCGAUGUAUCAGCUGGUCAUACAUAACGCUGGGAUGUCACUUUCUGCGGCAGACACACUGACGCCACGACCCAGACAGCCCCAGGAGAUAGCCUAUGCGACUGGUACAACUUGGAAUGUUAGCGGAGGCGCAAAUACAUAA